UGUGAUUUGAUUUGUUGCGGAAGCAUAAUCUUAAACCACAGUUAGUAUUCAUUCGACCGUCGAUAAGAAAACAUAACUGCGAAUAGUUCUCGGUAUAAUCGGUUGAGAUGGGGAAAGUUUUGCCGAGGUUAAUUGUGAUACUAGUUGCUGGAACCAGUUUCGCUCUCGGAGUCACGCUGAGAUGCGCAAAAGACCGCGACUACUAUUAUAACAGCGCUAACUGCACAUUCCGAGGCGUGAUCGUGGAAGAUCCAUCAAACGAUAUAUCGUUCGAUACCCAAAGUUACCGUUACAGUGACAGCUAUUACGUUGACUUCAUUGAUUCCGACCUUGUUGAAAUUCCAAGAAAGCUGUUCAGUGUAUUUACUUAUUUGCAACAAUUAAAUAUGAAAGAGUGCGGAAUUGGGAGCAUCAGUCGCUAUACGUUUGAAUCUGCCCAUCAGCUGAUCCUGCUGAACAUCUCGUAUAACAAUAUACAGGAAUUGAAAAACUAUGUCUUCACUGGUGCAUCUGCAUUGGUGCUAUUGGACUUAUCCAAUAACAAUAUAUCUGAGAUCGAAGAAAAGGCAUUUUCUGGUUUGGAUUCGUUGAAGACGCUACUCCUCACGGGUAAUACGCUGAAAACACUACCAGACAACGUGUUUGCUCCACUGAAUAAUAUGCAAAAACUGAGUUUAACUCGGAAUAAUUUGGAGAAUCUCCCGAAUCAAUUGUUUGAAUCAAACCAUCAGUUGUCUAUGAUAUUUUUGCAACACAAUCAGCUCACCAAGUUGGACAAAGAAGUGUUCAACGAUGUAUCGGAAUUGGAAUAUUUGUGGUUAAAAAACAACAGUUUAACAAACUUCGAGUUCCCCGACUUGAAUGUGAAAAGAGUGAACCUGAACGACAAUCGUUUGGAGAAGAUUUCAUUGAGUCCUUACGUUGUACAUCUGUUUGCAUCGAACAACACCAUAUCUGAAAUUGAAGUGAGCGACAAGUUUCAACCUAGGUUGCAAAAACUGGAUCUGUCAUGGAACAAAAUGUCUUCGAUGGCUGCCAUCGAUCAGCUUUCCUCUUUGGAAGUACUUGAUCUAUCUCACAACACAAUUGGGCCAUUGAAAUUGACAAGUUUUGCCAGCUUACGCAGCCUCGUUGAUCUAAACUUGGAAGAUACAAAAAUAUCCAACUUACAACAUGGAACCUUUUCGCAACUUUCUCUGCUCAAACGGUUGGAUAUUUCGUACAAUAAUUUAAACCGGAUCGAUGUUGACAUCUUCACGUCAUCACAUCUGAUGGAAGAGAUCUUCAUCGAGGGAAAUCGUCUGAAGGAGGUGAAUUACGAGGAACUGAAAAGUAUACUACCGUCGUUGACGAGAAUAAGUAUUGCCGACAACAACUGGAACUGCACCUUUUUAACCAAAAUGAUCCGAAAGUUGAACACUCUGUCCAUUGAGGUAGGUGGCUUCAAAUCCGAGAAAUUGAUUGCCGAUAAAACAAACGUGAAGGGAAUCUAUUGUGCCGAUGACAAAAAUACGGUUGCCGGGUGGAACGAGACAGCGAAACAUCUGGACAAGUAUCUGAACGACUCGGUUCCCAUAGUGGACACAAGCGAAAUCAAACAGAUUAUGCAGACCGCUAUCGAGGAUAUUGCGAAGUUUAAUGAGCUGAAGAACGCCCUGCAGAAUAAAUCAGAAAACCUCGAAGGAGACAUAUUUGAUCUAACAAAGAAACUGAUAGCGCUGGAGAAUGAACUCUACGAAGUGAAGCAAUCUAUUCUGGACAUCAAACUGGCCCAACUUGCAAAUGCAACCAAUGAAACGUACGUUUCUUCUGACUUGAAGCGAAUGAUGCAAGAGAUGAACGAUUUGACCCUUGCGAAGAUAAAACAGUCUGGCGAGAGUCUAGAGUUCAAAAUCUAUCAACAAUCGUUCAAAAUUGAUAAGUUUAUUGAGAAAAUAAACGAAAACUCGGGGAAGUUGCAAGUUUUGAGUAAACAGAUGAGCCAAAAUGAAGGUACCUCUUUGAAGGGGCUCAACCCGAUGUAUGAGGGAUUAAGGGCUGCUCCAACGAACUCCUCCGAAUCAAAUACCAGCCAGAUCAUGAUGAUUCUCAUUUUUGUGGUUUUGGUUGGGUUACUUACGAUUGUCCUGAUUGUGGUUUAUCGAGCCAAACUUUUUGGCUUUGGCGCUCGAAGGGGGACACACUUCGGUACCUCCAACACACUCUCCACUAUGAUGGAUAAUGAUAUCUGAAUGUUAAACGACACAAUGCAUACUUCCAACAAUUAACAAGUUUGUACACAAAACUUGAUAAUAUUGGUAUGAAAUAAAUAUAACACCAGAAAGCAUUAGUCAACAUUUAUUUCUCGUU